AUGGAUAUCGACGAGUUAUUCCCCAUGACAACCGACCAACGGAAAUUUUUGUUCGUCGCGGUGGACUACUUCUCGAAUUGGGUGGAAGCCAAGCCGCUUAGCAACGAACAAGUCAAAGUCGCUAAUCGGGAGAUCCUCAAAGUCCUACGCGCUCGGCUCGAUCACGUCGGAGGCAGCUGGGUCGACGAGCUUCCUAGUGUGUUGUGGGCCCUUCACACAACCUCGAAGGAGGUGACCGGCGUAACCCUCUUCCACUUGGUAUACGACGGUGAAGCAGUCGUCCCCGUGGAGGUCGGAGUAGAAUCCGAUCGGGUGCAGCACUACGAUAAAGGAAAGCCCGAACGGAGGCUCAUGGAGCUCAACUUGGUGGACGAAAUGCUGGCAAAAACAACUGUUCAGCUAACGGCGUACCGACAAUGGAUGAAACAUAACUACAACCGGAGGGUGAUCCCGAGGUCCUUCCAGGUCGACGAUCUCAUCUGGAAGAAAGUGAAGUCGAUCGGUGAUGUCACCAAGCUGGAAGCCCCAUGGUCGGGACCUUUCAAGAUCGUGUAA